AUGCAGGUCGGACAACUCGUCUUUGUUGCCAUCGGUCUAUCCCUUCUCCACGUCGUGAUCGCUGCGACCGACUUGACUGAGACGGACACGAUAGCUGGUGCCGACACUCGGCUUGUCCCUGGGUGUUUGGUCAAGCUUUAUCGGCCUCCGAAAUAUAUUGGAUGUUUUGAUCGAUCUAUCCUUGUAGGCGCAAAGUGUAUACCGGUUCAGACAACCUGGAAAAUCAAGGGCCAUGACAUUAGCGUAUGGAACGGUUGCUCAACUGUCAAAGGCAUUAACCUGCCAAAAGGAUGGUUUGUCAAGGGGGAAAGUGCGCAAUGCAAGGUCUGGCAUCGGAAGCAGUAG